GAAUAUUGGUUAGUGUCUUUCGUUUCUUUCGUUGAUGGCUGCCUGAUCUCUUCCGGUUGUUUUGUAGAUCGGACAACAUGGGUAAACCUCGCGGUCUACGUACAGCUCGUAAGCACGUCAAUCAUAGACGUGAUCAACGAUGGAACGAUAAAGACUACAAAAAAGCCCAUCUUGGUACGAGGUGGAAGGCUAAUCCCUUUGGUGGUGCAUCUCACGCGAAAGGCAUCGUUUUAGAAAAAGUAGGUGUAGAAGCCAAGCAACCAAACUCCGCCAUUCGAAAAUGUGUCAGGGUACAGUUGAUAAAGAAUGGAAAGAAAAUUACAGCAUUCGUACCUCGAGACGGUUGUCUUAAUUGUAUUGAAGAAAACGAUGAAGUUUUGGUAGCAGGAUUUGGUCGUAAAGGUCAUGCCGUUGGUGAUAUUCCUGGAGUAAGGUUCAAGGUUGUUAAAGUUGCGAAUGUCUCGCUACUUGCUCUUUAUAAGGAAAAGAAGGAACGCCCAAGGUCUUAAGUAGAUGUAUUUUGGUUCAAUUGAAAUAAAUAUCAAAAACGUGAAAAUGAAAA